AUGGUCCGCCUGUACGACAUCAAGUCCAGCAAUCCGAACCCUGUCCAGCAAUUCGAGGGCCAUACAAACAAUAUCACGGGUGUCGCAUUUCACUGCGAGGGCAAAUGGAUGGUCACAAGCUCCGAGGACAUGACUGUAAGAGUCUGGGACACGAGAACAGGCAUGGUACAGAGGAACUACCAACACUCACACCCGGUCAACGAUGUCGUGAUUCAUCCAAAUCAAGGCGAACUCGUCAGCUGCGAUCGGGGUGGGAACAUCCGCAUCUGGGAUCUUGGGGAGAGCAAAUGCACACAUCAGCUCGUGCCAGUUGAGGACGUCUCGAUGGCCAGCGUGAGUGUCGCAAGCGACGGCUCUCUUCUAGCAGCUGGAAACAACCUGGGUGACGUCUACAUCUGGCGAAUGUAUCAAAACCACGACUCGACCACCCUCCUGCCCUGCCGGGUUUUCAAAGCACACAAGGACUACCUCACCCGUUUGCUGCUCUCCCCAGAUAUUAAACUCCUCGCCACAUGCAGUGCCGACCACACUGUUCGGAUCUGGAAGAUUGACAUGAAUGAAGAACACCUCGAAGUCAUCCCAGAACAGCAGUCGCCGACUCCGCCACAUCACCAAAAUGGAACAUCCAAUACACCUGUAGCGAACGCGCUGAAACGAGAAAACCCCCACUCAUCCGUUUCGUCCCAGCCGCAAUCAUCUCUGCGUCUCAACACGGAUGAGCAGGACGGCAACAACAGCGAAACCUCACCCAAUCCCAAACCCUUCCGCUCCGCCACGUCCCUCGCAUCCACAGCCUCCGGCACAACAUCCAGCCCGCAGAGCCAAUUCCGCGCCAACGGUGCGCCAGGGUUCGGCACGGAUCUCAUAUCGGCUAGGCGCCCCUUGCCGUGCGACGUCGUCCUGGACAACCACCAGCGUUGGGUGUGGGAUUGUGCAUUCUCCGCCGACAGUGCCUAUCUCGUCACGGUCUGCUCCGAUCACUACGCACGUCUGUGGGAGCUUUCCAGUGCGACCAUCAUCAGACAGUACAAUGGACAUCACAGGGGAGCCGUCUGCGUUGCGCUGAACGAUUACAGUAGUCCGCCUUAG